AUGACCCAGCAGGACCCAGCUGGCACAGAGCAUGACCCAGAAGGACCUAGCUGGCAGAGCAGGACCCAGCUGGACCCAGCUGGCACAGAUAAUGACCCAGAAGGACCUAGCUGGCACAAAGCAGGACCCAGCAGGACCCAGCUGGCACAGAGCAUGACCCAGAAGGACCCAGCUGGGAGAGCAGGACCCAGCUGGACCCAGCUGGCAGAGCAGGACCCAGCUGGACCCAGCUGGCAGAGCAGGACCCAGCUGGACCCAGCUGGCACAAAGCAUGACCCAGCUGUACCCAGCUGGCAGAGCAGGACCCAGAAGGACCCAGCUGGCACAAAGCAGGACCCAGCAGGACCCAGCUGGCACAGAGCAGGAUCCAGCUGGACCCAGCUGGCACAGAACAGGUCCCAGCUGGCACAGAGCAGGACCCAGCAGGACCCAGCUGGCACAGAGCAGGACCCAGCAGGACCCGGCUGGCACAGAGCAGGACCCAGCAGGACCCGGCUGGCACAGAGCAGGACCCAGCAGGACCCAGCUGGCACAGAGCAGGACCCAGAUGGCACAGAGCAGGACCCAGAUGGCACAGAGCAGGACCCAGAUGGCACAGAGCAGGACCCAGCAGGACCCAGCUGGCACAGAGCAGGACCCAGCAGGACCCGGCUGGCACAGAGCAGGACCCAGCUGGCACAGAGCAUGACCCAGCUGGCACAGAGCAGGACCCAGCAGGACCCGGCUGGCACAGAGCAGGACCCAGCAGGACCCGGCUGGCACAGAGCAGGACUCAGCAGGACCCGGCUGGCACAGAGCAGGACUCAGCAGGACCCGGCUGGCACAGAGCAGGGCCCAGCAGGACUCAGCAGGACCCAGCUGGCACAGAGCAGGACCCAGCUGGCACAGAGCAGGACCCAGCAGGACCCAGCAGGACUCAGCAGGACCCGGCUGGCACAGAGCAGGACCCAGCUGGCACAGAGCAGGACCCAGCAGGACCCAGCAGGACUCAGCAGGACCCGGCUGGCACAGAGCAGGACCCAGCUGGCACAGAGCAGGACCCAGCAGGACCCAGCAGGACCCAGCAGGACUCAGCAGGACCCGGCUGGCACAGAGCAGGACUCAGCAGGACCCGGCUGGCACAGAGCAGGACCCAGCAGGACUCAGCAGGACCCGGCAGGACUCAGCAGGACCCGGCUGGCACAGAGCAGGACUCAGCAGGACCCGGCUGGCACAGAGCAGGACUCAGCAGGACCCGGCUGGCACAGAGCAGGACCCAGCAGGACCCGGCUGGCACAGAGCAGGACUCAGCAGGACCCGGCUGGCACAGAGCAGGACCUUAGUGAUGACGAGUGUACUGUCUCUCAGAGUGAUGAGGAUGUUCUGUCUCUCAGGGGUGAUGAUGAGGAUGUUCUGUCUCUCAGGGUGAUGAUGAAUGUGUACUGGCUCUCAGGGUGA